AUGGCUCCUAUGGCGGAUUCCAGCGUCGAUGACCUGAAGAACGAUGUCAAGCGCCUCGAGCAGCGCAUCGCGGAGCUAGAGAGCAGAUUAGCAGGCCAUGGCGGGGUUGCAGCGGCGACUGAGAGCGUGCGCAUGAUCUUGAUGGGUCCUCCGGGUGCUGGCAAGGGCACGCAAGCGCCGCGGAUCAAGGAGAAGUUCUGCGCCUGCCAUCUCGCCACCGGAGACAUGCUACGCGCCCAAGUUGCUGCGAAGACACCGCUGGGACGGGAAGCAAAGAAGAUUAUGGAUGCGGGCGGUCUGGUUAGCGACGAGAUCAUGGUCAACAUGAUUAAGACGGAGCUUGAGAACAACCAGGAGUGCGCCAGGGUCACCCAAGCGGAGAAGCUCGACGGCAUGCUCGCCGCUACCAAGAAGCCCCUCCAGCACGCCGUCGAACUCCAAAUCGACGACGGCCUCCUCGUCUCGCGUAUCACUGGCCGCCUCGUCCACCCCGCUUCCGGCCGCUCGUACCACAAGAUUUUCAACCCGCCAAAGGCACCCAUGACGGACGAUGUAACGGGUGAGCCGCUCAUCCAGCGCUCCGACGACAACGCCGAGACGCUGAAGAAGCGCCUCUCGACUUACCACGCUCAGACUGCGCCGGUUGUGGCGUACUACCAGAAGACGGGUAUCUGGAAGCCGAUCGAUGCUAGCCAAGAACCGGGUCAGGUGUGGAAGAGCUUGCUUAAGAUCUUUGACGACAAGGCUAUGGUCGCUGGAAGGUCGGGGAGUUUGCUGAAUAAGAUUGGCCUCAAGAACUAG